GAUAAGCUUUCCGUCCCGAAUAAGACAACAAUCAAGAAAAUGGCUCUCAAGAAGAAGAACACAAUUCAACCAUUAUUUAAACAACUAAUACAUUAAUUAAUUAUGUAGCCUACCUUUUCUUAAUCCGUAAUCGUAACGUCGGGUUAGCGAUGCGAGUUUUGUAAAUAGCGCCGAUUUAAGAUCAACAAAGAAACUAAUUAGCAUAUUUGCCACAGUUGACGAAGUAAAUCACAUUUUAUUCUUACAUAAAAAAUGAAGUUCUCCGAUUUAUUUUUAUACGUUUUGCUUUUGAAAGCUGUGUUUGCUGAUUCAGGUGAAGUGGAGGUUCUAUCAGUAAUAGAGGGCGAUUCUGUCACUCUACACUGUAGUCUUAAUAGUAUAAAGAAAGUUGAGGUGAUCCUGUGGACAUUUGGAACUGAUCGUAUAGCCGAAAUCAACAAACUGAUCGAUAGCAUCUCAUUAUAUGUUCUUGAUGAGACAUUCAGAGACAGACUGAAGCUGGAUCAUCAGAAUGGAUCUCUGACCAUCACGGACAUCACAUUUAAACACGCUGGACUUUACGAACUGCAGAUCAUCGGUGGAAAAGAGGUCUUUUCCAAGAGAUUCAAUAUUACAGUUUCUGCUCGUCUGCCUGUUCCUGUCCUUAUCAGGGACUGUUCUUCCUCCUCCUCCUCUCCAUCAGAGCAGUAUUGUUCAGUGGUGUGUUCAGUGGUGAAUGUGAGCGCUGUGAGUCUCUCCUGGUACAAAGGAAACAGUGUAUUGUCCAGCAUCAGUGUGUCUGAUCUCAGCAUCAGUCUCUCUCUACCUCUGGAGGUGGAAUAUCAGGAUAAAAACACCUACAGAUGUGUGAUCAACAACACCAUCAGCAACCAGACCACACGUCUGGACAUCAACACACUCUGUUACACAUCUGAUGAUCUCAAUAAAGAAGACGACUUACCCGUCAGUCGUGUGCUGCUGAUCUGCUUUGGUGUUGUAACUCCACUGAUUCUGGCUGCAGUUGCGAUCUUCUGCUGGAGACGCAGAAAAAGACAAGAACAAUUUGAUGGUGAUGAUACUGCUGAGAUGGAUGAACUGAAGACAGUGUCAGUGAGUGUGGGAGAGUCCGUCACUCUAAACACCGGCAUCACCAAAAUAAAACGUUUUGAUGUGCUGCAGUGGAGGUUUGGAGAGCUAAAUUCAGACGUCACAAACCCAUUUAUUGUUAUAAACAGACUGAAAGGAUCAAACAGUGUUGAUGGUGCUUCUGGACAUAAUGAGCCAUUCAAGGACCGAUUACAGCUGGAUAAACAAAAUGGAUAUUUAACAAUCAGCGAUAUCAGACCCACAGACUUUGGAAUAUAUAAACUAAAUAUCGCCAGGAAUCGGAGAAAUGUGAUCUCCAAGACAUUUAUUGUCAAAGAUUCAUCAGAAAAAGAAGAGGCAUCAGAGACAGAAUCACUGUUGACGACUGAAUUGAUCUCAGACACUGGUGUACAUGUGGCGGAGCGGACAAACUCAGGAGGGCGGGGGGAAGCAGCUAAUUUAACUCCCUUUAAACAGCCACCAACCCUGCCGACUACGCCAGAAUGUGGCGGAGCAGACGAAGCGGGGGAGGAGCUAAAUUGCUAGGUGUUAAGGUUUGCUCUCUUCGAACGACCCCAAUCUAUUUGAUUUGAUGAAACCGACUACGCCGCCUGGGAUUCAAACCAAGAAAUUGAAAUAUAAAAGGUCACACAGAUUAGUCUCUUUUAAAUGUUAAGGAGCAGACAGAAGACAUACAUGAGUAUGUACAAUAAUACAAAAGCUUAUUCGCAAAUAUUUUUGUGUUUCUACCGAACAUGUUUUAGCUGCAAUUUAGAUAUUUAUAACCGUUACAUAUUAUAGUAUGUUUUUGUGAGUGUGUUUUUUCAGUGUUAAUGAGCGAAUUGGUGAUGUUUGAAAUCGUUGUUGCAUGUGUAACCUUUAAUAAAAAUAUAUUUGACUAAUG